AUGGCCAAGGCCGUGCUCGACCUCGUGGCCUUCAUGCUCGUGGACCAAGUGGCGGAGCAGGGCACCGCCGUUGUGACUGGGAAGGUUCGGACGUCGCACCGUACGGUGGCAGAGGACGCUGCAGUCAAGCACGGCCGAAGGAACCGCGAGGCCCCUGGGGGCCAGCAGGAGAUCUCCGAGCUGCGGCGAGCCAUGGCUGCACGCGGGGGCGUGGUGCGCGCCAAGGACGGCUUCGAGGUGUUCUACGGGGUGGAGCAGGAGACCAAGCCCUGUGCCAGUGGCAGCGUGGAGGGCGACGGCCGGGACGGCUACGAUAUGUUCUACGGGAAGCAGGCCCAGCGGCCACCCGGCCAACGGAAGCCGCGCCGCUCCGCCCCGGAGGCGGCCUGCAGCAGCCCCGCGAGGGGCGCCCCGACGGACGAGGGGGGCGCGACUCCGCGCGGGCCGCUGGCCAGCGCGCCGUCCCAGCAACCGCUGAGCGCGCGGACUUCCCGCCCAGCUGCGUCAACCCGCUGCAACGUCAUUCCGUCGAUCCCGGAGGUGGCAACAUUGCCUGCUGGCGUCGAGACGUUCUCGCUGUGCGAGGAGCCCGCGGUGCCCGAGGGAGUGGAGGUCUUCACGAUGUCGCGCAACGCGACCGUACCCCGCACGCCACGGGAGACCCGAACGCCGCGGGAGUGCCCGACGCCCCGUGGGUGCAUCGCAGGAGCGCCGCGGGAGUGCGCAACGCCCCGCGAGUGCCCGGCGGAGCCACGAACGUCGCCCUGUUAG